AUGCUAUCGUUUGGCAGAUCAGCUGGCGAGCAUACCGCAGGGACCACGCCUCGCGCCCGAUAUUUGGUUACGUUCCGAAACCUUCGGCCGUGCGGUCACGAUGAGAAACCUAGUAAAGAGCAUCGACUUUAUACACACGAGGACAAAAUCAUGGUCACAUACCACAAGUUGCUCGCAAGAAAGGUGAGGACGGAACAGAGUAAAAUUAUGAUAUCGUUUUAUGUGCGUCUAAAACAUAGCUGCGAUUUGGCAGGGAGCAUGUUGCGACCCAGCGAGCUUUAUCAGCCUAAGGUAAUCACCAUGUUUGCUUCCCGUACGCUGCAUUGUUUGAUCUCGGAUGUCAACGACUCGGUGUUGCCAUGCCACAAAGAUGAUACUGGAACAUUGUUUACAUAUCCAUUGAGUCUCUCUAAAGCAAGGCGUAAUUUUAAAAAGACUCCCAAGGAUAGACUUACCAGCUCUUAUGUGGAGACGAGACUAGAGAUUCUUGAUACAUUGUGGUCAUCUUUUUAUUCCACCCAUAGAAGAAUAAUUGAAGAGUGUAAACCAAAUGAGUUGGAAGAAUCUGAUUAUCACACUCAAGAUUUGUAUUCGUCAACUGAAGAUGUUUACAUUGAAUAUAAAUCGGAUUUAAAAGAAAUGCUGUGCACGUUGAAAAAUAAUUACGCAAGUAUAUCAGAUAAUGAGAUGUCCGAUGCCUUUCAACAUGUUUCCAAUAUAAAGUUACCCAAAAUUUCGUUACCAAUUUUUAGCGGCCAGUAUUCGGAAUGGACUAGCUUUUAUAACUUAUUUGUUUCGCUAAUUCAUAACAAUAAGACACUCGAUGAAGUGCAGAAACUUCACUAUCUUAAGAGCCACUUAUCAGGUGAAGCAGAGCAGCUGCUACGGCAUGUGCCUAUUACCGGGGAAAAUUAUAUGAUAUGUUGGAACAAAUUAGAAAACAGAUAUAACAAUAAAAAGUACUUGGCUAGUUGUAUUUUGUCGCGAUUUAUGAGUCAAAAAAACAUUACUGUUGAGUCAUCGAGUGCCUUAAAAGAAUUAUUAGACACAAGUAAUGAAUGUCUUAAUGCUUUGAAACAAUUAGGUAUUAAUGUAAAAGAAUGGGAUAUAAUGGUAAUAUAUAUUUUAAGUUUAAAGUUAGAUAUAGAAACUAGAAAACAGUGGGAAUUAGCUGUCAGUAGCUCAUCUCAAGAAUUGCCAUCGUGGAAUCUGUUUCAACAGUUUUUAGAGAACAGAUUUCACGCAUUCGAGUUUUUAAAUAGUAAAAAUAGUGUUAAUAAGACAUUCAGCCGUAACUCUUUUAACAAUGUUAAAGCUCUUCAUGUCACCACUACCUUAAGUUGUCCAUAUUGUACCGAAAACCAUAAAUUAUAUACAUGCCAAAAGUUUUCGAGGGAUGAUGUCGAUACACGUCGCAAUUUUGUCCAAAACCAGGGUUUAUGCUUUAACUGUUUAGGUCCACGCCAUUCCGUAGUUUCAUGUCGCAUGUCAACUAGAUGCCGAAUAUGUUCCAGGAAACAUCAUUCUCUACUUCAUUCCAAUUCAGCAGUCCCGUCGAUUGAUGACACAAGCGAUACAAAUACCAAUCAAUCGGAUGGGGCCGAAGCUGUGUCCUCAGUAGUCAUACAAGGCGAUUCCAAUGAUGUUGUAGUAGGCUGUUGCUCUAAAGCUCAAUCUCAGGUAUUGCUGGCAACUGCUUUAGUUAAAAUUCAAUCUCGAACAGGAGCAAACAUUACUUUUAGGUCAAUGUUAGACCAGGGUUCACAGGCUUCGUUUAUAACAGAGUCUGCAGUUCAAUUACUUGGACUGAAGAAAAUUGCAAGCAAAAGUAAUGUUUCGGUAUUAGGAAGUGACAGGAGCCCUUCAGUGGUUUCUAAGUAUAUAGUUUUUAUCCAAUUGCAAUCACUUCUUGAUACCAAUAUUGUUGUUCGAGUAAAGGCUCAUGUGUUAGACAAACUGACCAACUGUCUUCCUAGUAAGAAAGUGGCAGUUCAAUUGUGUCCAAAGUUUACACAAUUGUCGUUGGCUGACCCUACCUUUGCUACUCCCAAUAAAAUUGAUCUUUUGCUCAGUGCAAAGGUGUACAGUCAAAUUAUAAAGCAGGGCCUAGUUAAAGAUUCUAACAGUUGCCUUAUAGCGCAAAAUACAUCUCUGGGAUGGAUAAUAUCCGGAGAAACUGAUGAAGGUGAAGAUGUUGGGACGAUUAUUUGUAAUACAAAUGUAACUAUGCAUGUUCAGAUAGAAGAAAAUGAUAAGCUUUUGAGGAAAUUUUGGGAAAUAGAAGCCGAACCUUCGUUAGUUAAAGCAAAGAAACAUUUAACGGAAGAGGAACAGCUAUGUGAAUCAAUAUAUUCAAGCACGACUAAAAGGGAUUCUUUUGGUCGUUAUAUAGUGAAGCUGCCAUUCAAAGAAUACAGUCCACAAUGCUUAAAUGGAAACUCAAAAGAAAUAGCACUUAGAAGAUUAUAUUCAUUAGAACGUAAAUUAGACAAGGAGAAAGAUUUGAAAGAAAAAUAUGCAGAGGUAUUUGCUGAAUAUCUCAGUCUAAAUCAUAUGGAGAUUAUUCCACCUGAAGAACAUAAAAGCUCCAAAGGUUUUUAUUUACCACAUUUUGCUGUGGUGCGCAACGAUAGAAGUACAACAAAAGUACGUAUUGUCUUUGACGCAUCGUGCCCAGGAUCCAACGGUGUUUCUUUAAAUCAAGACUUAUUGGUUGGUCCCACAUUACAGGAUGACUUGAGACAUAUUUUAAUGAGAUGGCGGGCACAUCCUGUAUGUAUUUCUUCUGAUAUUGUGAAGAUGUAUCGUCAAGUUCGUGUAUCUUCAGAAGAUGUUGAUUUUCAGCGUAUUCUUUGGCGUGAAGAUUCUGCUUCUGAGGUGCAACAUUAUCGACUUUUGACAGUUACAUUUGGUACAUCGUCAGCUCCAUAUUUAGCAAUUCGCUCAUUACGUCAAGUAGCUUAUGACGAGGGUGUUCAUUUCCCAAUAGCUGCAAAAAAAGUGUUGUCAGACUUUUAUGUUGAUGAUUUGAUGUCAGGAUGUGAAAAUUUUAUAGAAGGUCAACAGCUAUAUACUGAAGUGAAACAAUUGCUUAGAAAAGGAGGGUUUGAAUUACAAAAGUGGACAAGCAAUGAUAAAAAUCUAAUGAAGUGGAUAGAAAACGAAGAAAAACUUGGAGAUAAAAGUAUGAAAGAGCAAAUAAAACAUAAUAGAAACAGUGAAGACAAUGAUAAUAGAAUUGCAGAGGAAGAGUCUAAGACAGAGACACCAAAGUUUGUUGAUAAAUCUGAUUCGAUUACUAAAAUAUUGGGUCUUACGUGGGACAAAUGUAACGAUACAUUUAAAUAUUUAGUGCAGUUGCCGACAAUUGAAGAGCCAAUCACGAAACGGAAAGUGAUCUCAGAUAUAUCACGUCUCUAUGAUCCAUUAGGUUGGCUUGCUCCAAUUGUAAUAAAAGCUAAGAUUUUUAUUCAAAAACUAUGGACAUCAGGUUUGAAAUGGGAUGAAAAACUUACGCCUCAAUUACUAACCGAAUGGGUCGCAUAUAGAAACGAGCUUUUAUUAAUAAAAAGUUUCGAGAUACCCCGAUGGAUGAACACUCGAAAGGAUGAUACUUCUGUUCAGCUUCAUGGAUUUUGCGAUGCAUCGAGUGAAGCAUAUGCCGCAGUUGUCUAUAUCCGUGUUAUUGAUAAAUGUAGUAAUAUUAAUGUAAACCUUGUUACUUCUAAAACAAAAGUAGCUCCUAUCAAACAACUGUCAAUACCCCGAUUAGAACUUUGUGGGGCAACAAUACUUUCUAAAUUAUUAAUAGAGGUAGCUGAUAUUUUAGGUAUUCCAAAGCAACACAUUCAUGCGUGGAGUGAUUCUUCAGUUGUACUUGCAUGGCUUAGUAGCCAUCCAAGCCGGUGGAAAGUAUUCGUCGCUAACCGUGUAGCAGAGAUUUUAGGAAGUUUAGACAGAUCUCAAUGGUCUCAUGUCCAAUCAAAAUAUAAUCCUGCGGAUAUUGCAUCGCGUGGAAUUAUGCCGUCUGACAUUUCAAAAAUGAGACUGUGGAAGCAAGGACCAGAUUUUUUGAGAAAGGUAGUCAUAAAUUACAAUGGAGAUGAUAUAACAUAUGAUACAAAUACAGAAGAAAAAGGUAUUAAAAUAUGUCAAGUAUUAACAAGUAUAGAUGAUGAUGUUAUUAUAUGGGAAAGAUUCUCAUCAUUAAUGAGACUUCUAAGAGUUAUAUCGUGGUGCAGGCGAUUUAUUUUGAAAAGCAUUAAUAAAACCAAUGAAGGUCCUCAAUGGCUAACUAAUGUAGAAUUACAACAAACAUUACAUAUAUACAUAAAGCAAUGCCAAGUUCGAAGUUUUUAUGAAGAUAUUGAAAGUAUAACUAAAGGAGGAACAGUUAAAACAAAAAGCAAACUUAAACCGUUAAAUCCUUACCUUGACGAUGAUGGACUUUUACGUGUUGGUGGGCGGUUGGAUAGAACAGCUACUUUCUUAAACGUAAAUAAAAGACAUCCAAUCAUUCUUCCGGCUAAAGCUCAUUUAACGAACUUAAUUAUAAAGGAUACGCACGAACGAACUAUUCACGGGGGUAUUCAAAUUAUGAUCAAUCAUCUUAGAACAAAAUACUGGGUUAUUGACGCUAAAAACCAAAUAAAGCAUUAUAUUCGCAAUUGUGUUAUUUGUAUUCGAUAUGCAAGUCAACGUAGAGAGCAACUGAUGGGACAAUUGCCAACAGCCAGAGUUACACCAAUGAGACAUUUCAAAAGAAGUGGCGUCGACUAUGCUGGUCCUAUUGCUAUAAGAACGUCCAAAGGGCGUGGUCAUCAUGCAUAUAAAGGGUAUAUUUGUUUAUUCAUCUGCAUGGUGACUAGAGCAAUCCAUCUAGAAGUAGUAAGUGACCUUACUGCUCAAGGAUUCAUUGCUGCCUUUAAAAGAUUCGUAGCUAGAAGAGGACAUUGCGCAGAGCUUUUUAGUGAUAAUGGUACAAAUUUUGUGGGUGCAGAACGUGAAUUGAAGUCCUUAUUAUUUGCAGAAAAGUCUAGAUUACUGCCAGAAAUAGCGAAUUGGUUAUCUACAAAUGGUACUGAAUGGCAUUUUAUCCCACCGCAUUCCCCCAACUUUGGAGGACUAUGGGAGGCUGGCGUAAAAUCCACUAAAUAUCACCUUAGACGGAUAAUCGGAACUUCUACACUUACUUUUGAAGAAAUGAGCACUCUCUUAUCUCAAAUUGAGGCUUGUCUUAAUUCGCGUCCAUUAUCAAGCUUAAGCUCAUCGGCUGAUGAUCCCGAGCCUUUAACACCAGGUCACUUCUUGAUUGGGGAACCAUUAGUACUUGUACCAGAUGCAAACUUUGAAACGUCAAACAUGACUAGCUUGAAACGAUGGCAGUUUAUGCAACGUAUGGUACAAGAUUUUUGGCGAAGGUGGUCUCAGGAGUAUCUUACACAAUUUUUACAUCGGUACAAAUGGAGUUAUCAAACGCCAGAACCAAAUAUUGGUGAUAUAGUACUAGUAAAGGAAGAUGAUCUUCCCCCUGCGAGAUGGUUGUAUGGAGUUAUAACUCAAAAGCACCCUGGGUUGGAUAAGAUUACGCGUGUUGUUACUUUAAAAUGUAAAGGGAAUAUAAUUAAGAGACCCGUCUCAAAGUUGUGUAUUUUACCUAUAGCUAAAUAG